GAGGAAGAAGUGUUAAGAUAGGGGCCGUCCUACUCCGCUGACAGUCCGCCAUGUUGCUCAGCCUUCUCCAUCAUAGCGGUCGCAGCUUGUUGACUAUCCGGGCGGUGCAGACUCUGAAUAAAAGCUAUCAUUCCCCCCAGAUGGCUAAACGCGUAGCUGUGGUGCUUGCAGGCUGCGGGGUUUAUGAUGGAAGUGAAAUCCAUGAGGCCUCCGCUGUUCUGGUCCAUCUGAGCAGAGGAGGGGCCGCUGUGCAAAUGUUUGCUCCCAACAUCGACCAGAUGCACGUGGUGAAUCACCUGAAGGGUGAACCUUCUGAGGAGAAGAGAAACGUUCUGGUGGAGAGCGCACGACUUGCCCGUGGGAAUAUCCAGGAUCUGUCUAAGCUCAGUGUCAAAGACCAUGACGCCAUUAUAUUCCCAGGUGGUUUUGGGGCAGCAAAGAACCUGUGUACAUGGGCGGUGCAGGGGAAGGACUGUUCUGUUAAUGAUGAGGUGAAGGCCGCUCUACAGGCGUUCCACAGUGACGGCAAACCCAUCGGCCUCUGCUGCAUCUCACCUGUCCUGGCAGCCAAGGUGCUCCCGGGCUGCGAGGUCACCGUCGGCAUCGAGAAGGACAACAAGUAUCCAGAUACCACUGGCACGGCCGCAGCCAUCAACCAGCUGGGCUGCACACACGUCAGCAAGCAUGUCGGCGAGAGCCACGUGGACGAGAAGAACAAACUGGUCACCACCUGCGCCUUCAUGUGCGACGCUCCUAUCCACGAGAUCUUUGACGGAAUCGGAUCCAUGGUGCAGGGCGUCCUAAAGCUGGCCUGAUCCCACCGAGAUGUAGAACACUGUAGAAACGGAUGGUGAAGCGUAGAUUUACCAAAAUAUUUUUGUAAACGCUUGCUGAGCUGAUGUCAAGAAGAUCUAAACUCGAUUAAAAAUGGAUGCUUUUGAAAUGUUAGCUUUUUAGGGGUAAUUGUGACAUCUACAUCACUGUUCAUUUAUAUUACUUCGCAAAAGUAUUAAUGAUGAGUCAUUGUUUUCAGUUUUCUGAGAAUCAGUAAAUGAAAACUCUCUUUCCAUUACAGUUUAUUUCACACCAUAAUAAAAUAUUAUCAAAAUAUUUA